CUCCUUUUCCCAGAAAGAUAACACAGGGAAAGAAAGCCAGUGCUCUUCAAAACACGAAACAACUCCAACAGUGCCAUAGUCCCUAGUAUCUUUCCUUACAUCCUGCUGUUCAGUUUCUGAUUUACCCAUUUGUCUGCCUACUCAAACCAAGCAAGCUACUUCUUGCUAAAGGUCUCUGGAUCUGUAAGUUACUGCAGGAAUUUCCAGGGAGGACUGCUGGCCCACAAAUUUCCAGGCUCACUAACAACUUGAAAGAUGGUAAAUGAAUACAAGAGAAUCGUUCUACUGCAAGGACUAGAGUUCAUUAAUGAUCAUUAUUUUAGCUUAUUUAAGUCAUUAAUGUCUAGUGAUUUAAAACUGAAGAGAGACAUUCAAGAGAAAUAUACCAAGGUUCAGAUUGCUGACAUUAUGGAAGAUGAAUUCCCUGUUGAUGCUGGAUUGGGCUCACUGAUAAUGUUCUGUAAAUGUAUACCAGCUCUUAACAAACUUGCUGAAACUCUUCAAAAAGAGAGAUCAAAAGUAAAAGGAAAAACCCCACUGAAAAAAAAGAAGCAAGAAGCAGGCUCUGCUAUACCUACAUCGACUACAAGCUACAGUUUAGCAUCUGAAGGAGGGAAGACAUCCACAGGUCAGAAAAGAAAAAGUGUGAGUAAAGAAAAGACUGGAGUGAAAAAGGCCAAAGGUUUUGAGGGGACAGAUCUCCCUCUCUGUCCUGAAGAAGCCACAGCGAGGUUCCACUCACCGAUACCCCAGGUCUUACCUUCGACUUCAUCCAACACAUCUUUGGCACAGGGCAUGUGUCAAAAUAUUACCAGAGGUGCUAUUCUCCAAAAGGAUGCCAUGACAGUGAUGGUGCUCAACUCAACAGAUGCAUUUGAAUAUGAGUCAUCAAAACAUGGAGGAAAGACCAUGUUUCAUGCUACAGUGGCUACUGUGAAGCAUUAUUUCCAUGUGAAAAUUUUCAAUGUCGACCUGAAAGACAAGUUCAAAAAAAAUAAUGUCCUCAUCAUUUCCAAUUACUUCAUGAGCAAAGGAAUCCUAGAGAUAAAUGAAACUUCCUCUGUGGUUAAGGCUGGUUCUGGACAAAAAAUUGAAGUCUCCAAAAGUUUUAUCCAAAGAGCAAAUAAAACUCCCAAGAUCUCUGAUAUUAAGCUGGGUAAAUCUGGACUACUGAUUUAUGACUUGUUUACAUUAAUCAAGAAAAGGGUGAACCCAAAGAACACAAUUUAUGAAGUAAAAGACAAUACAGGAAGUCAUAUGGAAGUGGUGGGGAAUGGAAAAUGGUACAACAUUGACUGUGAGGAAGAAGAUAAACUCCAACUCUACUGCUUUCAGCUGAAAAUAAUUAAAAAGCAACAAAAAUUAGUGUGUGGAGAUCACAGUUUCAUUGAGGUCACAGAAAUUAGGAAAAAAAAGGAAAUACCCACUGCCCAUUCAAGCACAAAAGAUGGACGAGAAAAUGUCUACUUGCAACACCAAUUCUGUGGUUUUAAAGAAGAGACACCCAAUUAAUUUCUUCUAAACAGCAUUAGUAUCAUAUCAUUUAAUAGUUUUCAUAGCUCAUUUGAUUAUGUUUUCGUUAACAAAAUUACUUAUUGUUUUUCUAUGAAAUGACACUUAAAUUUUCUAUAGUGUAAAAUUAAUAAAAAUUUCUUUUUAA